AUGUCGUUACAGCUCAAGUCUAUUGUAGAAAAAGCUGAUGAAGCUACUGAUGAAGAAGUUGCUGCUGCUGAAGAUACUGAUCCACGUCCACCACCUCCUCCACCAGCAGAAAACAAUUAUUGUAAUGAACCUAACAAUGCAGGUUUUGCUGUAAAAGAAGCUAUUGUAGAAGAAGCUGAUGAAGCUACUGAUGAAGAAGCUGAUGCAGUUGAUGAUACUAAUCCAUGUCCACCACCAACUCCUCCACCAGAAGCUCAAUUGUCUGCUCAAGUUCCUAAUGCUGUUAAACUAAAUUGUCUGCUCAAGCUCGAAAACAACCAUUGUAAUGAACCUAAAAAUGGUUCUGUUGCUGUAGAAGAAGCUGCUGAUGAAGAAGCUGCUGCUGAUGAUGAUACUGAUCCACCCCCUCCACCAGAAAAAAAUUAUUGUAAUGAACCUAACAAUGCAGGUUCUGUUGUAGAAGAAGCUAUUGUAGAAGAAGCUGCUGAUGAAGAACCUGCUGCUGAUGAUGAUACUGAUCCACGUCCACCACCACCUCUUCCACCAGAAAACAAUUAUUGUAAUGAACCCGAUAAUACAGGUUUUGCUGUAGAAGAAGCUAUUGUAGAAGAAGAUGAUGAAGCUGCUGAUGAAGAAGCUGAUGCUGCUGAUGAUACUAAUCCAUGUCCACCGCCAUCUCCUCCACCAGCAGCUCAAUUGUCUGCUCAAGCUCCUAAUGGUGUUAAACUCAAUUGUUUUGCUAUAGAAGAAGCUAUUGUAGAAGAAGCUGAUGAAGCUGCUGCUGAUGAAGAAGCUGUUGCUGCUGAUGAUACUGAUCCAUGUCCACUACCACCUCCUCCACCAGCAUCUCAAUUGUCUUCUCAAGCUCUUUAUGCUGUUACAACUCAAUUUCUGCUCAAGCUCGAAAAUAAUUAUUGUAAUGAACCUAAAAAUGCAGGUUCUGCUGUAAAAGAAGGUGCUGAUGAAGAAGCUACUGCUAAUGAAAAAGCUGCUGUUGAUGAUGAUACUGAUCCACGUUCACCACCACCUCCUCUACCAGAAGCUCAAUUGUCUUCUCAAGCUCCUAAUGUUGUUAAAACUCAAUUUAUGCUCAAGCUCGAAAACAAUUAUUGUAAUGAACCUAACAAUUCAGGUUCUGCUGUAGAAGAAGCUGAUGAAGCUGCUGAUGAAAAAACUACUGAUGAUGAUGAUACUGAUCCACGUCCACCACCUCCUCCUCCACCAGAAAACAAUUAUUGUAAUGAACCUAACAAUGAAGGUUCUGUUGUAGAAGAAGCUAUUGUAGAAGAACUUGAUGAAGAAGCUGCUGAUGAUGAUAAUACUGAUCCAUGUCCACCACAACCUCCUCCACUAGCAGCUCAAUUGUCUGCUCAAGCUCCUAAUGCUGGUACAACUUAA